UAUUAUUACUUUCACUACAAUCCCAGCAUUCCUUUAGCAGUAGUUGCUGCUGUACUGUUUGGACUAUUUGGGUUGUAUUUGGCAGCACGCGUUCACAAGUUUCAAAGCCCAAGGUUCUUAUAUACUCUACCAAUAACUGCCCUAUGCGAAUGUGUUGGCUAUGCUCUUCGGAUCAAGUCCCACGCGGAAACUACAACGACAAUCUUCGUUAUAAUGACCUUACUUCUUCUGUUACCACCUGGUAUUCUAGCACAUCUCAACUAUAGAAGCAUUGUUAAAGUUAUCCAGAAAUCUCAUGCUGAGCCCAAACAUUUCUUUCUUAAGCCUGACUUUGUCAUGUGGUUUUUCUCUGUAAGCAAUAAAAUCUCAAUUAUGGUACAAUGCGCAGGCGGUGGGAUCAAGUCCUCUGGUAAAAUUAAUCUCUCUGAUGCAGGCUCUAUCAUUACACUUAUUGGCUUUGCUUUUCAAAUGUUCUUCUUUGCUGUUUUCUUAUGUAUUGCUUUCUUUAUUUAUCGUAGUGAUGAUUAUGAUUAUUAUGUCAAGGGCCAAUCCAAUCCUAAAAGAAAUCUGCUCUACUGUUUAUGUAUCACUAUUUCUCUACUAAUCAUUCGCUAUAUCUUUCGUAUUGUUGAGUAUGCUACUACUUAUAAUCACUCAGAAUGGGCUUUUUAUACAUUUGAUAGUCUGAUGGUCUUGCUUUGCUUUGUUUGUUACUCUAUCCUC